UUUAAAUAAUCUAUAAAUAUAUUUUAAAGAAACGUUUUCAAAUUGUGAAUAUCAAUAUUUAUGUUAUAUUUAUGUUAAGUUAUCCUGUUUAGUUUUAAAUCACUAAAAAUCAAUUAUUAUUUCUAUAUUUGACAUAUUAACCCAUUAACGAUUUGUCAAUGUGUUACACAUUCAUUAAGCAGAUCCGUUUAAUUAUUAUUACUCUUAAUUCAUUACAAAAACAUUUUUUUGAAUUAAUUUAUUACUAAAAAAUAAAUUAUUAAAUAUGCGCCAUCUAGCGAUAAAAACAUUACACCCAAAAGUUAGUAAUAUAGGAAUAAUGUUUAAACGAUUACUUUUCAAAUUUAAAUAUUGAUUAAAAUCAACUUUAAACUGACUUAUUUAAGUUUCAUAAAUUAAAUUUGAUGAUUUCCCAUUUUAUCAUAAUUAAUUAAACAGCCUUAAUUUCGAUGGUGACUAAGUUCAUAGUAGUGAUAGUAACCUCAAAAAUCUGAAUAAGUGUUUGGAGUUGAAAAUUGGUAUUAAUUAUCGUGGUAAGUCGAUAUUCAUUAAUUAUUGAUGUUUUAAAAUGAUUAAUAAUGUUUUUUUUUAUUAUGAAUUAGUUCUAUUUAGCGAAAAAUUUUAAUAAAUUAGAAAGUUGCGUUCCCCGAAUUUGAAAUGUCCCCUCCACAUGGUCCCAAUUCGAGCCAUGCGCAUUUAGGAGAUGCUUAUUACGCAGGUACGUUUAAAUACUUCUUUAUUUAAUUUAUUAAUGGAAAUUAAGUUAUUCAAAAAUAUGCGCUAUCUAGGGACAAAAACACAACACUCAAAAGUUGGUAAUGUAGGUAAUGUGGUAAUAACGUUCAAACGAUUAUUUUUCAAAGAAUAAAUAACAUUUUUUAAAUGUUGAUUAAAAUCAACUUAUUUAAAAUGCAUAAUUUUAAAUUUUAUCGUAAUUUAAUAAAAACAGCGUUAAUACGAAAAUUUGAAAUUUGGUGACUAAGUUCAUUGUACUCACAUAACCUAAAAAAAUGUGACUUAAGUGCGUAAUAAAAACGUUUCGAGUUAUCUUCGAAAAUCGGUGUUAAUUACAGUGUAAGAAAAAUCGAUGAAAUGAGUCAUAAAGUGGCGCCAGAAAGGGUUCAACCCCUGGAAGAGGAGUCAAGAACCUCAUGGGAAAACCCAUUUUAAAUUUUAAUUUUAGUACCGAUACGCAACCCACUUGGAUCGUUUCUACAUAAUCACCGCAAUUUUGGGAUCGUUAGCCAGCGGGGUGGGAAUGCCGCUGAUGAUGAUUCUUUUCGGGAAUAUAACCCAGGAUUUCAUUAAUUACGCAACGGGAAUUAAUCAACCCGGAGUUACGGAAGACGAAAUCGAGCUACUCGAGGCUCAGCUAUUGAACGAUAUAACGGAUUUUGCUGUGUACGGAGCGAUCAUUGGCGGCGCCACUUUUCUGUUGACCUACGUCGCGACGCUCUUUUAUAAUUGGGCUUGCAUCAGACAAAUUUCUGUGAUACGCUCCAAAUAUAUGAAAAAUGUAUUGAAUCAAGAUAUUUCUUGGUACGAUCAAAAUCAAACUGGAGAUUUUUCGAGUAGAAUUUCAGGUGACAUGGUUAAAGUAGAAGAAGGCAUCGGAGAUAAAGUAACAAUAUUUUUCUUUUUCAUCUCAACGUUUAUCGCAGGAAUAAUAACAGCUUUCAUUUAUGGUUGGUUGUUAACAUUAAUUUGUUUAAUAAAUCUUCCGGUUACACUAAUUGCGUUAGGAAUUGUUGGAUGGUUAACAAAUAAAUUUGCCAAACAAGAAUCAGAAUCUUACGCGGCAGCGGGCGCAAUCGCCGAAGAAACAUUAACAGCCGUUAAAACGGUGUUUGCAUUUAGCGGUCAACAAAAAGAAAUCGACCGUUAUAAAGCCCACUUAAUUCAUGCCUGUAAAAAUAAUAUCACGAGAGCUUUAUGGACAGCUGUGAGUAACGCGUUAAUCUUUUUCUUCAUGUUCGCUUCGUACGCGUUAUCGUUUUGGUACGGGAUUACUUUAAUCAUCGAUGAGUUACACCUUGAUUUCGAAGAUCGCGAGUACACCCCGGGGGUGAUGAUAACAGUUUUUUUUAACGUCUUAAUGAGCUCGUUUACUUUGGGGCAAACGGCGCCUUACAUCACGAUUUUUGGAGCAGCAACCGGCGCCGCCACCAAAAUUUUUAGCAUCAUCGACAACGCCCCAAUUAUAAAUUUAAACAAAAACAACGGAAAUAAGCUAAACAAAAUUAAAGGAAACAUUAAAUUUCGAGGGGUUCAUUUCGAGUACCCCUCAAGAAGCGAUGUUAAAAUUUUAAACGGAGUUGAUAUUGAUAUAAAUCCCGGACAAACAGUUGCGUUGGUUGGAAGUUCAGGUUGCGGUAAAUCAACUUGUAUCCAAUUAAUUCAAAGGUUUUAUGACCCAACUCAAGGGAUUUUAACGAUCGAUGGGGUGGAUGUUAAAGACUUUGAUUUAACUUGGUUUAGGAGUAACGUUGGGGUGGUUGGGCAAGAACCCAUCCUUUUCGGGACUACAAUCGCCGAAAAUAUUCGAUUUGGAACCGAGGGGAUUAAGCAAGAAGAUAUUGAAAGAGCCGCGAGGAAAGCUAACGCCCACCAAUUUAUUAUGGCCCUCCCACAUGGUUAUAACACGUUAGUUGGGCAAAGAGGUUCUCAAAUGUCAGGGGGGCAAAAACAACGAAUUGCGAUAGCUAGGGCUUUAGUUAGAAAUCCUUCAAUUCUUCUUUUAGAUGAAGCAACCUCAGCUUUAGACACAAAUAGUGAAGCUCAAGUCCAAAGAGCGAUUGAUGCGAUCAGAAAAGAAUGCACAACAAUCAUAGUUGCCCAUCGAUUAUCAACGAUUAGAAACGCGGAUAAAAUUGUUGUUUUUCAACAUGGGAAGGUGGUCGAAGAAGGUAACCAUGAGACCUUAAUGAGCUUAAAUGGAGUUUAUUACAAUUUGGUUAUAACUCAAAUUAACACAAACGACGAAGCUAAAAUGAACCGAAUUGAUCGAACAAAUAGCGUUAGAAGCCAAACCUCCGAAAAUGAAAGCGAGAAUAUCGCCAAAAUGAUCGAAAUUGAGGAGGAAAUUGAAGAAGAUAAUAACUCUGGUGUUUGCAAAGCGAUUGGGAAUUUGUUAAAAUUAAAUCGCCCCGAAUGGUGGCAAAUUACAAUUGGUGCAAUAGCUGCUUUAAUCGCUGGGGCUGCUAUGCCUGUUUACGCGGUCGUUUUUGGACGGAUCAUUGGAACCUUAGCUUUGGAUGAUCCGGAAGCGAUUAGAUACUACGGAGAUCGUUACAGCUUAUAUUUCCUCCUAAUUGGAAUCGUGAGCGGGAUCACUACGUUUGGGCAAUGGUACUUCAUCAAUAUUUCCGGGGAAAAAUUAACACGGCGAGUACGAGGGGUGAUGUUCGAAGCAGUUCUACGCCAAGAAAUUGGUUGGUACGAUCGAAAAGAAAACGGAGUUGGAGCAAUUUGCACGAAAUUAUCAUCGGAUGCUGCCAAUAUUCAAGGAGCUGCUGGUCACCCAAUCAUCGUUGUUUUAAAUUCAUCAUCGACACUUAUAAUAGCAGCUGGUUUAUCGAUUUAUUUCGAAUGGAGAUUAGCUUUGGUUUCGUUGAGUAUCGUUCCAAUCAUUUUAAUAGCAACUUAUCUCGAAAGUAAACUCCAAAUGGUUACAUCAACCGGAAGUAAAAACGCGUUAGAAAGCUCGACAAAAAUUGCAGUUGAAGCUGUUGGAAAUAUUCGAACGGUGGCCUCGUUGGGGUGCGAAGAAACCUUUUACACACUUUACACCACGGAAAUGUUACCUUAUUAUGCCAAAGCUAAAAGAAACGCACACGUAAGAGGCAUCAUUAUGGGGUUAUCGAGGAGUUUGAUUUAUUUCUCUUACAUUAUCGCAUUUUACUAUGGUGGGCACUUAAUUUUAAACGAUGGAUUAGCUUUUGAAAACGUUUUUAAAGUUGCCGAAGCAUUAAUUUCAGCUGCGAUGAGUGUCGGUGGAAUUAUGGCUUUCGCACCAAACUUCCAAAAAGGUAUUAUUGCAGCAAAUAAAAUGUCUAAUUUGGUGGCGAGAGUCCCGGAAAUUCAAGAUGAUGAAAAUUCAACCAGUACAGGAUGGUCCUCAGGUCACAUUAAAUACAACUCAGUUCAAUUUACUUAUCCAACAAGGCCCAACAUCCAAGUACUAAACAGUUUAGAUUUGAGUGUAUCAGCUGGAAAAACGAUUGCUUUAGUUGGACCAAGCGGAUGUGGAAAAUCAACGAUAAUCCAAUUAAUACAAAGAUUUUAUGACCCAUCAUCAGGAAGUGUAAACAUCGAUGAAAUAAACAUAAGAAACAUUAAAAUUAUGGCUUUAAGAUCACACUUAGGGAUUGUGUCGCAAGAACCGAAUUUGUUCGAUAGAACAAUAGCUGAAAAUAUAGCCUAUGGGGAUAACACAAGAUUAAUUCCGAUGGAAGAAGUAAUCCAAGCCGCUAAAAAAUCUAAUAUUCACAGCUUUGUAUCAUCAUUACCGUUGGGAUACGAUACAAGAUUGGGGGAUAAAGGGGCCCAAUUAUCGGGAGGUCAAAAACAAAGGGUCGCAAUCGCACGAGCUUUAGUUAGAAACCCACAAAUUCUUUUAUUGGAUGAAGCAACCUCAGCUUUAGACAUGGAAAGUGAAAAAAUCGUGCAAGAAGCUUUGGACGCCGCUAAAGCAGGCCGAACUUGCAUCACAAUCGCCCAUCGAUUAACAACAAUCCAAGACGCAGAUGUUAUUUGCGUUAUGGAUAAAGGAGAUGUUAUUGAACAAGGAACGCAUGAUGAAUUAUUAAGAUUAAGAGGAUUAUAUCACAAAUUAUAUAGUAUACAGCAAGGACAUUAA